AAAUCACGUCUGAUGAUGAAUGAAUGGAUGGAGACGGUGGGAGGUGAGUGAGACUCAGUCGAGCGUUGCUUUAUUUUUGCUUGGCUGUGUUGCUGCCUGGACCCUCCCUCUCUAUGAAACUAUGACUAUAUCUGUCUAUCUAAAACCCAAAAACAGAAAAAAAAAAAAAGAAAAAAGAAAAAAGAAAAAAGAAAAAAAAAUGGCGGCAGCAUUCUGUUCUUCUUGUUGCGUUGUAAUUCCGUGUUCGUGGUCGUCAAGAAGAUUGCUGCAUUCUUCAGCUCAUCCACUCCCACUUAAUUGCAGAAAUGGAAAGAGGAAGACGAGGAGGAGCAAGAGCAAGAGCCAUUUCUCAAAUACUCCAACAACUCCUCCUCCAAGUCCAAGAAAACUACUUACCAAAUGCCUCCCGCAGUCGCAGAAAAAAUCUCAAGUUCAACCCUCUGAGUCUGAGAACGAGACGGAAUUCGAGUUUGAGAGGCUGUUUUCCAAUCUCAACCAAGCCACCUUGAAGAGAGAAGCUGGAAGUCUAUCCAGCGCCAUUUUCCUCGUCGCAGGGACUACGAUCGGUGCUGGGAUCCUUGCAAUCCCUGCAGUGACACAAGAAUCCGGAUUUCUGGCUUCUGCAAUCACCUGCAUACUCUGUUGGAUUUACAUGGUUGUAACGGGGCUGCUAAUAGCCGAAGUAAAUGUAAACACUAUGUGCCAACUGGGUUCUGGUGGUGUAUCACUGGUAUCAAUGGCCAUGAGGACUGUAGGGAGUGUGGGAGUUCAAAUUGUGUGUUGGUCAUACAUUUUUAUACACUAUGCACUUCUUGUUGCCUAUGUGGCUCGUUCUUCAGAAAUUAUGUCAAAUUUUCUCGGAAUUCCCUUAUGGGAAAGUGCAACAAUAUUUUCAUUGCUGUUGGGAGGCAUAUGCUACUUUGGAAGUCAACGCUUCGUUGGUGCGGUUAAUGGGGUUCUGGUAUUUGGAAUUAUCAUAUCUUUUGCUGCUCUAGUAGCCGUCGCGAGUGGAUACCUACAAUGGGAUGUUCUUUUGAAAGCUAACUUUCAAGCUGUUCCCAUGAGUAUACCCAUAAUUGUUCUGUCGUUUGUUUACCAGAAUGUUGUGCCUGUUCUUUGUACGAAUCUUGAAGGAGACCUGUCAAAAGUAAGGACUGCAAUUGUUUUAGGCACCAGUAUACCACUUGUUUUAUUUCUAGUCUGGAAUGCCGUGAUUCUAGGAACCAUCACAACUGUUGAAAUGAGCUCAGAUAAGAUCAUGGAUCCAUUACAACAAUUGCUAUCUACGAACGAAGUUGUUGGACCUAUUGUUGAGGUGUUCUCACUUUUUGCUAUUGCAACGUCGUACAUCGGCUUUGUUUUGGGUCUCUCUGACUUCCUUUCUGACUUGCUGAAACUUCCGGCCGGUCAGAGCCGAUCUCUGCCAUACGCAAUGACGUUGGUUCCACCAAUUGUGUUGUCUUUGCUAGACCCAGAAAUAUUCUUCAAAGCCUUGGACUUCGCUGGAACUUAUGGAGUGUUGGUGCUGUUUGGAAUUCUUCCUGCUGCAAUGUCUUGGUCAGAUAGGUACUCCAGUUCAUCCCCAGCUAUGAAAUUGCCAGUGCCACAGUUAGUUCCAGGAGGAAGGCUCACUCUUUCACUUGUAGUGGGAGGAGCUGCAUGUGUCAUUUUCUCAGAACUUCUUGAGAAGUUGGGCCACCCAUAAAACAUUUGUUGGCUAGAAUUAUUAGACUUUCUACUAGAUAGCACAUCAUCAAUCACAAUAUUAUGCAUUUUGUGUUAGAUUUCUUUAUUAUACAAUCUAGAUCUUUCACACAAAUAUGUAAUACGUAUAAAGACAUGAAAACAUACCUGGAGCCAUCUUCCUUGAGUACACAGCCUCUAAACUCAUCCAAUCCGUAGCAGCAGUGUAA